UUUGCAUUUUUGGCGUAUGCAAAUUUGUUUUCUGCUGUGGAUCAAUUUAGCAAAAAUGGCAAUGGAAAAGGAUUUACUCAAUGCUGUAAGGGAUUCACUUAAAGCUAGUGGUGAACUAAAUAAUAUAAAGGCUGAAAUGCGUACAAAAGUCAUAGAGUUAUUGGGAAAUUCGAACAAUGGUAACAAACAGAAACUACCGAAGCCGCCGCACGACAUUGCGCUUUUAAAUGAACUUAUUCGAGAAUAUUUAGACAGCAUGGGAUACAAAUAUAGUUCUACUGUAUUUAUGUCAGAGUGUAACUUAUCAAAGCAACCUCUAGAUAGAUUUUUACUUGCUCAAAGUUUGGGAGUAACAGAAAAUGAUGACGAAAGAGAGCUACCACUACUCUGUAAUAUUUUGGAAACAGUAAAGAACAUGAGAAAUUAA